AUGGCGCCAGAUCUGAACGCUGUCGCCGGUGGCGAAAAGUUUGACUACUCUCAGCCUGGAUCUUCAGGCUACGAAGUCAAGCAAGAUCUUACCUGGAAGUAUGGAUGCAUUGGCAGCGAAUUGUCCGUGGGCGCCUGACUGACAUUUCGGUCCAAGUGAUCCAAACAACCGCAAACUACGAGUUCUCACCAUUGGCGCUGGUGUUUCGGGCAUCUUGAUGGCAUACCAGAUCCAGAAACAAUGCGGAAAUGUCGAGCACGUCGUCUAUGAGAAGAACGAGGAUAUUGGUGGAACAUGGUUGGAGAACAGGUCUGUUGGAUCGAUAUCCGUGUCCAAUGAUGUUGACUGAGGCUCGAAUAGGUACCCAGGAUGUGCCUGCGAUGUCCCAGUAUGCUCUUGAACCUUCUUCCCAUGGCAGGCAUGUGAGACUUCUUAUCUCUUGACUAACAACCUAUCACUCACAGUCCCACGCCUAUACCUAUCAAUUCGCCCUCAAUCCUGACUGGCCACGCUUCUUUUCCUACUCUCCCGACAUCUGGAAAUACCUCGACAAAGUCUGCAACACCUUCGAUCUGCGCAAAUACAUGACCUUCAACACAGAAGUCGUGGGCGCAUAUUGGAACGAUGACCGAGGACAAUGGACAGUCAAACUCCGCAACAACAAAUCCGGAGAGGAAAUUGAAGAUCACUGCCACUUGUUGCUCCACGGAACGGGUAUUUUGAACAAUUUCAAAUGGCCUGAAAUUCCGGGACUGAAGGAUCGGUUCAAGGGAAAAGUCGUCCAUACUGCGAGAUGGCCGAACGAAUAUCAGAAAGAACAGUGGGGUGAGAGGAUUGCUAUUAUCGGGAGUGGAGCGAGUAGUAUUCAGACUGUUCCUACCAUGCAGCCUCACGUGAAGCAUAUGGAUGUCUUCGUUAGGACUGGGUACGCUUCCUGUGAUUGAUUUUGCUGACCAUGGCUGAUGGUGAUGGUGAAGGGUCUGGUUCGUACAGAUUGCGAACAACUAUGGCCAGAACAAGGAGUAUGACCAGAAAGAAAGAGACGACUUCCGAAGUAAGACCCUCUGUCUCUUGGCUUGCUUGCAGAUCAACUUACGAGAUAUAGACGACCCCAAAGCCCUCGUAGCACACGCCAAGGACAUCGAAGACCAACUUAACGGCCUCUGGGGAGCUUUCUACUCCGAUACCGAAGCCCAGCAGCAAGGACAGGAAACUUACAAAGCCCGCAUGGCGGAAUUCAUCAAAGACAAACGACUCCUCGAAGGUUUUACACCCAGCUUCGGCGUGGGAUGCCGCCGUAUCACACCCGGGGAUCCUUAUAUGCUAGCCAUUCAGGAGCCGAAUGUUGAUGUGCAUUUCACCGCCGUGAAGAGUUGUACAGAAGAUGGAGUCGUGGGCGAGGAUGGAGAGGAGAGAAAGGUUGAUACGAUCGUCUGCGCCACGGGAUUUGAUGUUUCCUACCGGCCACGGUUCCCGUUGGUUGGGAAGAGCGGCGUCGAUCUGAAGGUCAGAGAAACUUCAACAACAACUUUUGCUAACGGAACAGAGCUAACGAGGACUGUAGGAGAAAUGGGGAAUCUGUCCCGAAGGAUACCUAGGUCUAGGCAUCCCUGAUUUUCCCGUACAUCCUCCUUAACCCCAACGCAAACCUCCACCCAUCACUAAUAUUUCUCCCAGAACUUCCUUACCUUCAUUGGACCUACCUGGCCCGUAGAAAACGGCUCAGUCAUGGGACCUCUCCAUUCCGUCUCAGAAUACGCGAUCCAAAUCAUCAAGAAGAUGCAAAAUGAAAAUAUCAAGAGCUGGACCCCUAGGCAGGACAUCACCGAUGAUUUCAAUUCCCAUGUUCAAGAAUGGAUCAAGCAUACCGUCUGGAAGGAGAAUUGUAGGAGUUGGUAUAAGAAUAAUGAGACGGGGAGGGUCAAUGGUAUGUGACGGUUACCGCAAACGCUCGGGUUGAGAGAUUCUUGACGCUAAUUGCCUGGGACGCGUAGCUGUUUGGCCUGGAUCUAGUAUGCACUGUAAGUGGACACCCAGCUCCAUCUCUGAGACACCACGAGCCGCUGACUUUUCCUCCCUUAUUCAAAGAUCAACAAGUCAUCGAACGACCACGCUACGAAGACUUCGACAUCGAAUACCACGACAAGAACCGCUGGGCGAUGCUCGGAAUGGGAUGGACCGUCGAGAACCGCAAGGGAGCCGAGGAAGCAGACUGCAGUCCUUACCUGAAUUUGAAAACUAUUGAUCCGAAGUGGUAUGAAGCGAAUGGUGGAGAUCUGGAGAAGUUGAAAGCGCAAGUGAACGAGUACAAUCGUUGGCAAUGA